UAACAAGCUAGCAAAUUUGAAAAGGCUUUCCAAAGACAUAUUCAAAGAAAAAUCAUCACCAGAAGACGAUGAAGUGAUAGAAGAAAAUAUGGCCGUCGCAUUGCAAUAUUUAAGGUUGCCUUCAAUUACAGCAGACGAGUUUGACCUAUACUGGCGAAAAUGUGCUAAUUAUCGUUUUCAGCAAAUUACGGAAUCAAAAAAUACUGCCGACAUUUUUCAACUCUGGCCUGAAUACAAAAAGCCGUCUGGUUCACUUCUGAUCAAUAUAGAUUUUGAACUUAAAUUUCCUAUUGCAAAAAAAUUUAACGAAAGAUGGUCAAACUAUGGAGAAAAGGUUAUCUAUUUGCUUCAGACUAAAAUUACCUGUUCAGCUAUUUCAAAAAAAAUGCAGCAAAUAAAUUCGUUAAAUGAAGAAUCUAAAAUUUUAACAACACUUUGGAAUAUUCAUCAUUUAUUCCCCCCAACACAAAAAGUCACCUCAGACGAAAGUGGGGCCAAAGUACGAAAAAAGUUCUCUGUACCAGAUUCGCAGCAAAGUUUUGCAAUUUUGGCGGAAACUGAAGAAGAAAUCAACAUUAAAUUGAAACUUCUCGUACUUCAAGGGCGUAGUAUCCAGCCAAAGUUAUUAAUUUCAGGUUCUUUAGAAAAUAUUAAAUCCAUCUUUGUUUAUUUCGAUGGUAUUAAGUCAACUUGUCAACUUUAA